CCGCGCCACCGGAUGUCGGCGCCGGGACAUGGCCGCUGCCGGUGCCGGGUCCUUGAGCUGAGCGCCCGCUGCCCGCAGCUAACCGCCGCCCUCAACCGUCUGCGGGCCGGCCGAGGCGCUACCGGCCGGCGAGGAGCCGCGGCCGCCGCGGAAGAGGAGCAGCAGCCGCAGGAGACCGGGCGGCCGCCGCGCCGGGCACAUGGCGUCCAUCUUACUGAGGAGCUGCCGCGGCCGGGGGCCUGCCCGCCUCCCGCCGAGGGGUAGUCUAAUGGGUCCUGCUUGCCACAGUUGUGCCAACACCGUGGGGUUGAUGAGCUGUGUGACGCUUCCGUUCGGCGGCCCUACGCCCGUCCACCCCGUGUACCUUUCCCUCCGAGCCGACCCCCUCGGCUGCUGGACUCGGAGGCCCGAGCGCACGUGCGCCGUGGUCCCAGGGCCCCGGCUCGUGUCCCUGCGCUACUGGCACUCGUCCCCGCCGCGGGGCGAUGACUCCGUGGUGGAGAAGUCCCUCCGGUCCUUGAAAGACAAGAACAAGAAGCUGGAAGAGGGAGGCCCCGUGUACAGCCCCCCCGCAGAGGCGGCCGUGAGGAAGCCGCUGGGGCAGCGCGUCCUGGACGAGCUCCGGCACUACUACCACGGCUUCCGCCUGCUCUGGAUUGACACCAAGAUCGCCGCGCGGAUGCUCUGGCGCGUCCUGCACGGCCACAGCCUGACCCGCCGCGAGCGCAGGCAGUUCCUCCGCAUCUGCGCCGACCUCUUCCGCCUGGUGCCGUUCCUGGUCUUCGUGGUGGUGCCCUUCAUGGAGUUCCUGCUUCCCGUCGCGGUGAAGCUCUUCCCCAACAUGCUGCCGUCCACCUUCGAGACCCAGUCCGUCAAGGAGGAGAGGCUGAAGAAGGAGCUGCGGGUCAAGCUGGAGCUGGCCAGGUUUCUCCAGGACACCAUCGAGGAGAUGGCCUUGAAGAACAAGGCCGCCACGGGGAAUGCCACCAAGGACUUCUCCGCGUUUUUCCAGAAGAUCCGCGAGACGGGCGAGAGACCGAGCAACGAGGAGAUCCUGCGCUUCUCCAAGCUGUUUGAGGAUGAGCUGACCCUGGACAACCUCACGCGCCCGCAGCUGGUGGCGCUGUGCAAGCUGCUGGAGCUGCAGUCCAUCGGCACCAACAACUUCCUGCGCUUCCAGCUCACCAUGCGGCUGCGCUCCAUCAAGGCCGACGACAAGCUCAUCUCCGAGGAGGGGGUGGACAGCCUCAACGUCAAGGAGCUGCAGGCGGCGUGUCGGGCGCGCGGCAUGCGGGCCCUGGGCGUCACGGAAGACCGUCUGCGGGACCAACUGAAGCAGUGGCUGGAGCUCCACCUGCACCAGGAGAUCCCCACGUCUCUGCUCAUCCUGUCCCGGGCCAUGUACCUUCCGGACACGCUCUCGCCCGCCGACCAGCUCAAGUCCACCUUGCAGACCCUCCCCGAGAUCGUGGCGAAGGAGGCCCAGGUGAAAGCGGCCGAGGUGGAGGGCGAGCAGGUGGACAACAAGGCCAAGCUGGAGGCCACGCUACAGGAGGAGGAGGCCAUCCGGCAGGAGCACCGGGAGAAGGAGCUGCAGAGGCUCUCACAGGUGGCGAAGGAAGCAGAGCCCGAAGUGGUGGCAGAAGCUGCCCCUGGGAGGCCGGCGGCUGAGCAGCAGCCGGAAGUGCCCGGCGUGAUCCUGCCGACAGAGGCCCUGAGGGACGCCGCCCCUGUGCUGGAAGGCCUGAAGGAAGAGGAGAUCACUCAGGAGGAGAUUGACCUACUCAGCGACGCCUGCUCGAAACUGAAGGAGCAGAAGAAAUCCUUGACCAAGGAGAAGGAGGAGCUGGAGCUGCUGAAGGAGGACGUCCAGGACUACAGCCAGGACCUGCAGGAGAUCAAGAAGGAACUUUCAAAGACUGGCAGAGAAAUAUACGUGGAAGAGUCUAAAGCCAGCAAGAGGCUGACGAAGCGGGUACAGCAGAUGAUCGGACAGAUGGACGGGCUGCUGGCCCAGCUGGAGGCCAGUCAGGAGGCCGGCAGGCUGGGCCUGGCCGCCGAGGGCUCGCCUGCAGGGGAGACGGUCAUCAGUGUCACCGAGCUCAUCAGCGCCAUGAAGCAGAUCAAGCACAUUCCCGAGAGCAAGCUCAUCAGCUUGGCCUCGGCCCUGGAUGAGAACAAGGACGGCAAGAUCAACAUCGACGACCUGGUCAAGGUGAUCGAGCUGGUGGACAAGGAAGACAUUCACAUCUCCACCAGCCAGGUGGCCGAGAUCGUGGCCCUGCUGGAGAAGGAGGGGAAGGUGGAGGCCAAGGCCAAGGAGAAGGCCAAGGAGCAGGAGGCGGCGGAGGUGAAGAACUAGCGCCAGCCCGGCUGGGGGGCACCUCGGUGGCCGGGGCGCCUGCCUCCGUCCAGCCACAGUGACCCUGAGGAGAGGGAUUGCUUUGAGGUGGUUCUUAGAGACAGAUCUAAUAUUUUGUCUGGAAUAAAUCGGAAGCUUCAUAAUCAAGUAAUUUUUAAUUUUCAUCAUUCCACGAAGAUUCAGUCGGCCUGGGCCGCUGGGCCCCCAGGAGCCCUCUCCGGAUUCCCCGGGCGGCGCCGCUGCCACCACCACCGCCGUCCAGCGGGGGUCCUGACCGUGCCCGGGCCGCGCGAGGAGAGAGGACCGGCCGCCUGGACUCCACGUCCCUGGAGCCCUCGGCGUGCGGGCGGGGCCGCGCCGGCUCCGCGGGCCCGGGCCGCCCCUCCGCCGGUGAGGAAGCGCGUCCGUCCGUCCGUCCCCGUGGCCUCCGGAGACGCACUUCUGGGGCAAGAGCGUCGGCAUCUCCCACGAGCCCUUCCCACGUGAGCGUGCAGGCUCCUCCCUGGUUUUCCUUUGGUUUUCUCAGCGAGUCUCUGAACCCGUGAACGCUCAGGACUCCCUCCCGCGCUGGUCGGAGCCCCUCGGAGCAAAGGAACGCGAGUUGUCAGCUUUGUCGUGCGCGACCCUGGGAGAGCGAGCGUCUCACGGGGACUCGCUUGUCGUGCUGUUGCGGAGGUUUCGCCCCCCACCUGAGGCACGUGGACGUCCCAGGGAUCCGAUCCGAGCCGCAGCCGUGACCGCACCACAGCUAGAGUCACACCGGAUCCUCUAACCCACCGCUCGGGCCGGGGAUCGGACCCGAGCCGCCACCCGCUGCGCCACAGCGGGAGCUCCCGUCGGCAGGGCCGAGCGGCCCGAGGCACCGCGUCUCACCGCCCCCGUGGGUGUCCGGGGUGGAUGGAUCUCCCUGUGUGUCGGCAGUCGGCUGGGCCCUGGCUGCUCUGCGGCAGGAGACCCUCCAAGUGCCCGCGUCGCCUCCCCGCCUUGAGGGGCCCGCGAGGCCCAGGCCCCCUGCGUGCGGUGUGGCGGCUCGGGCCGCUGCGGCCCUGCCCUGUCAGGCUCCUCCGAAGGCUGCAGUCAGAGAGAGGCCGGACCUGAGCGGCCAGCUUAGCCGAGAGAGGACGAGGACAGAGGGGCAGCUCUGAAAUUACGUGAAACCGCUCAGCCGUUGAAGACGAGACUUGGCAAGAUAGGAGCGAGGUUCUGUGUUCUCAGACGCAGCCUUUACGACGGAACAGCCGCUGUCUGAAGGGGUCUGGUUCACCUGUUGAAGAGGCAGGUCCCGGAUGCUUGGUUGCAGUUAGUGAGGUAUCUCACAUUUAGCGGGCUGGCCUGGUCGUCAGCCGGGCGAGGGCUUUGCUGGUGAGCUGGGUGGCAGCAGCGUCCCCGCAGCCGACGUGUCCUCAGGCGGGCCUGGCUUGCUCCAGAGCUGUGCUUCGGGCCGGUCAGCGGCUCCCGGCUCCCGGCUCCCCUCGCAGCCCUUGCCAGGCGCCCGAGGCGUCCCCUCCGCUGCUGUCACUGUGCGGCCACGGCCAGGCCCUCUCGGUGUCCCCCGGCUCUGGAGCUGCCCUCCCAGAACCCGUCUUCUUGGCGAGACCAGCUCCGGCGGGACCCUCCUUCGGCUUCUGUAACGUCGGCUUCCCUCUUCGCUGCUUUCUCAGCCGUGGACUUUAUGUGUCGCGGCGGUACUGAGUGGUGGCUCCGAAACCAGAGCUUCCGUGUCCGAGCCGCGGGGAGCAGCCGUCGGGUGGCCGAGCGCCUCCCUGCGCUUUCUCGGGAGGGCGCCUGUGUCCUCAGCAGCAGAGAUGCUGGGCCGGCUGGAAAGCGGGUUGGGAAUCCUUGGCGUGUCUCCACCUGCACUCCAUGCGACGCCCACUUUCUUAUCAGGGACUCAGAAAGUGGGCGCGUCGCUCCGAGUCCCUUUGGAAACAUCAGAGUCCGGACUCUUUAGAAAUGAGGGCGCCUUGUAAUUCGUGAAGAGUAACUCCAGGUAGUGCUGCUCCCGGCAGGGCCCCGGGGCCGGCCGCCAGCUCCGUCUGCGUGUUCUCCAGGGGCCCCGGGGCCGGCGUCGCCGGGGGCUGUGUGUCAAUGCCUUUUUUAGAAAUAGUGUUUUUAUUAAAAUAUCAAAUUAAUGUUCCCAUAACAGCCCAAGCGAGAUGCCUGAACCAGACGACACCAGCCGUCAGGGUGGGAAAGGCAGAGUUGUCUGGCCUGGCAGCAGGAGGGGUGGCGAGGGGGCCUCGGGUCUGGACAGGCUGCCUCGUGGCCGGACUCCAGAAGGAGCCUCGCCUUCCAGCCCUCAGCCCCGGCCCCAGUGUGCCCUGCCUGUCCCCUCAGACCGCGCGUGACUAGACACGGUCUAUUGUCAGCAGGUUUAAUAAAUACUGUCUCGGUGA